UACGGGGUUAAAUCUGUUUAUGCAUUUAAGCUUGAUACGGGUCGGGGCGUCCCGAUCCGGUUUAAUCCACGUAAUGGACGGUCAAUAAUUACUUAUCGUGAUGGGUCAAAGAUUUACGUUGAUGGAGAGCCUAAGGACUCGUUAAUCAAACCUAUUACCAGGAUAUUGGUCGGGGUUGCUGUGGUAACCAUACUUAUAGUAUUACUGGUGAUAAGAGACCCUCCAGAGUGGGCAAAAAAAUUGAAUCUCUCUGAUGGCCGUAUCCCUCCAUGGCUUCUGGCUUGUGCUUUUGUUGCCUUCACACGCAUGAGGAAGAGAGCCAGGGAUUUCUUCGAAAGUUGGCGAAAAUAAGCUGAUGCUUGGCACUACUAGAUGAAUAUUCUCAAAAUUUUGCCUUUCUCUAUUUUAUUGUAUUCACAGAUAACAACUCAUUCUCAUAUUAUAACCCUGUGAAGGUACAUAAUCAUUUUAUUCUCCAUCUGUUGGGGAAUUUUCAUUAUGGCUAUGAAUAUGGCAAAGGAGUAUUCAUUUGCUAUUCUAUUUUACUAA